AUGGAUGAAGCUGAGACACUUCCAAUGCCUGAGACUGUAGUGGCAGAAGGUGACGAAGAGAAGGCAGAGGAGAAGGAAGAAGAGGAGUGUGCAGAGGAGGGAUCAGAGGAGGAAGCAACUGAAUUAGAAGAAGAAGAAGAAGGAGAGGAGGAUGCAAACGAUGAAGCAAAUGGAGAAGGAGAGGAGGAAGCAGAGGAGGAAGCAAAGGACGAAGCAACGGAAGGAGGAGAGGAGAAAGCAGAGGCAGAAGCAAAGGAAGGAGGAGAGGAGGAAGCAAAGGAUAAAGAUGAUGAAGCAAGGGAAGAAGCAAAGGUCGGAGCAAAAGACAUUAAUGAGCCCGCGGCAAAAGAAGAAGUAUUCAUCGACUCAGAUGAGAACGGAGAAACAGCAGCAGCUUUUGGUGACACCAGGGGCCCAAUUGCAGAGGAAGAGUUUGCAAGCCGGGAAUCAGAGGAGAAGGCAAAAGAAGCUGCUGCAUUCGUCAGAAAGACUUCGAACACCACCAAUGACGACAUUGUGUCAGCGCAAAGAAAAAUGCGAAGGACCUUGAAGGAGGCAGAGGAAGAUUCGGAUGGAGCAGGCGAUGGUGAAGAUGACGAUAGAAAACUUCGUGAUGCUGAGGAGGCAUCAGAAGAAAUGAAGAGAGGCAGAGGCCGUGGCAGAGGAAGAGGGCGAGGGAGAGGGAGAAAGAACCAAAAGGGUGAUGAUGAAGCCAAAAAGUGUGAGGAGAAAGCUGCUGAGGAGGAGGAGGAGAAGAAAGCAGUUGAAGAAGACCCCAACAAGAUGGGAGAUACAAAGAGCAAGGAGGCUGAUGAAAAUGAGCAGAAGAGGAAAAGGCCAGACCGGAGGAGGAAGACAGAGACUGAGGCUGAAGAUGAAGCCGCCCAACAGCUGAAGAAAAAGAAGAUGGAGCCAGCAGAAAAAGUGGCUGAGGAAGAAGAGACGAAGAAGAAGAAGAAAAAGGAGGAAGACCGUGAGACAAAGUUUGAGGAGACAAAGGACGCAGAACCAAAAUCUCCAAAGAAGAAGAAGAACAAAAAGGAAGGUCAUCCACCAAAAGAGACUGAGGAAGAGGAGCAAAAAAAGCCAGGAAGGACGAAGAAGAAGAACAAUGAAGAUGAAACAAAGGAGGCUGAGGGAAUGGAUGCAAAGAAGCCAGAGGAGAAGAAGAAGAAGAAGGAAUGUCCUGAGACUAAGGAGGCUGAGGAAGAGGAGCAAAAACAGCAAGAGAAGAAGAAGAGGAAGAAGGAAGCUCGUGAGACAAAGGAGACUGAGGAUGAGGAGCGUGACAAGCGAAAGAAGGCAGAACCAAAGAAAAAAGUAUCGCCUGAGAAGCCGGACAAUCAACUGGGUGAUCGUGAACUCUACCCAGGAAGUUGCAAGAAGAUUGCUGUUGAAGAUGGGGACACACAGGAAGAUGAAGAAGAGGCUGCUUUUGAGGAGGGCGAGGUUGCGAAGCAAAAGGAAAGCAAUAAACAGAAAAAGAAGAACCAGGCAAAAGCAUCAGGCAAGCUGAGUCCGAUGAAGUUGGCUGCAAAGGCCGCAAAAAGAGUGAUGGAGCGGCAACUGUCAGGGGAAGACCAGGGCGUGAGAAGGAACCUUGCCGAGGACUUUGAAUCACUUGCUGAGAAGAAGGGUGAGGCAAAGACAAAGACAAAAAGGACAGUGAAGCCAAAGACAUUGGACCCAAAAGACCUUGAUACUCGGCAAUUUUGA